ACCUAUUCAUUUCCGGCUGCAGAUGCGCAACGCUCGUGGAAAAAGUCGCCAUUCUUGUGACAAAUUUUAUUCUUCUCUAUUUUAAUAGUGUUGGAAUGUGUUAGGAUGUCAUAAAUGUACUUGACGUUUAUCUAGAUAGCAUUUCAUUCCUGAGUUGAGUUAUGACCUUAGAAGCGAACAUGUGAUUGGAUUGUAAAACAAACACAUUUCAGUCACGUAUAAUCCGAUUUGUUUAAAUGAUCAGGAAGUCCCUCGUACCCCUCACGCAAUUGGUUAAAACAGAUGCCAACUCCAUGACGUCAUUCCAAAAAUUGUGUGCUUUCACUGACUGACACAAGAAUGCCCUUCCUCAUCUCCUUGGAUGCUCACGGCUAACAAAACGUCAAAGUGGACCGCACCAUCAGGAGUGGAUGACCGACGGACAAACCGUUUGGAACAAGCCCUGAGCUGGCUCAUCCCGGUGGGCUGCGGUAGCUCUAUUUGAAGGCUUUGGGGACCUGUGGCUGUCUCAAGAUGUCCAUGAGACGGACAGAAGGGGUGUCCAUCGCCCAGGCUUUGGCCAUGACGGUUGCGGAGAUCCCAGUCUUCCUCUAUUCCACAUUUGGUCAGUCCAUAUUUUCCCAGCUGAAGCUGACGCCGAGCUUGAAGAAAGUGCUCUUCGCCACGGCGCUGGGCAGCGUGGCGUUGGCGCUCACGGCUCAUCAUAUGAAGCGGCGAGGGAGGAAAAGGAAGCAGGCCAUCCAGGCCAAGGAGGGGCAGAAGACGGUGGAAAUGCCUGAAGCACUGCUCCGGACAGGAAGACCCUCGUCGUUGAAGAGAGUUCCGCUGUCAGGGCGACAGAUAAUGAGUCCGAGCACACGCAGCAACGACACUCUGAGCGGCAUCUCCUCCCUGGCCCCCAGUAAACACUCAAGUUCCUCGCACAGCUUGGCAUCUAUGCGAGUUCCGACCUCCCCGAAUCAGUCAGCUAACCCUCCGACACCCUGGGAGGCCGAGGCUGUGGUUGAAGAGUCGGGUGCAGCGGAGGACGCCAACGCAGAGAAUCUCUACUUAAUGGGCAUGGAGUUGUUUGAGGAAGCGCUCCGAAAGUGGGAACAGGCCCUGCUCAUACGCCACCGCACCCAAUCAAGCAGCAACAGCAGCCUGGCUGUGCAGGGGGCGGCGAGCGGAGAUGCACCCACGGUUGAAGCCCACAAUAAAGUGCUUGCCGACAAGCUGGAGACUCUGCUGCACAGGGCGUACCACCUGCAGGAGGACUUUGGCGGCAGCAUACCGACCGACAGCUUGCUGGCAGACUUUGAGAGCGUGGGGACGCUCAUCCUGCCUCCAGUGGAGAGGUUCCACAUGCUGCAGGACGACGACACCGCCACCAUUUCCUCUGACCAGUCCUUCUUUUCGGCCGCCGAGAUGUUUGACAACUUCUCUCUGGAAGACUCCUACCAGCUCCUCAAACCAGCAGCUCUCUAUGAAGAAGCCUUGGCCCUGGUCAGGGAGGACAAAGUGGCCUACAGGUCUCUCAGGACUGAACUGCUUGAAUGUUACGGCAACCGAGACUUCCUGGCCAAGCUUCACUGUGUCAGACAAGCGUUCCAGGUGCUGCUCCUGGACGAGACACACCGCACGUUCUUCAUGGAGACCGGCAAGCAAAUGAUUGCCGGCUUGAUGGUGAAGGCAAACAAGAGUCCUAAAGGCUUCCUGGAGAGCUACGAGGACAUGUUGCUGUACACGCAGCGAGAGGAAACGUGGCCCGUCACCAAGAUGGAGCUGCAUGGCCGUGGGGUGGUGUGCAUGAGCUUCUUUGACAUCGUGCUGGACUUCAUCCUGAUGGACGCCUUCGAAGACCUGGAGAACCCUCCCUCCUCGGUCGUGGCGGUACUGAGGAACCGCUGGCUCUCGGACAGCUUUAAAGAGACUGCUCUGGCCACAGCGUGCUGGUCCGUCCUGAAGGCAAAAAGACGUCUUCUCAUGGUUCCCGACGGCUUCAUCUCCCACUUCUACGCCAUAUCGGAGCACGUGAGCCCGGUUUUAGCUUUCGGCUUUUUGGGACCCCGGCAGCACUUAAGCGAAGUGUGUACUAUUUUUAAGCAACAAAUCGUGCAGUACCUCAAGGACAUGUUUGACCACGACAAGGUCCGCUUCAACUCGGCGCAGUGCUUGGCCGAAGACAUCCUGAAACUUUCUCACCGCCGGAGUGACAUUUUGCUGGGCUACUUGGGCAUCGAUGGACUCCAGGAGCUCAACGGUGCGCCGCCUGCCGACACGUUCGCAAGCCUCAAUGACUGACAACAUCAACUCACGCUUUGUCACUCGCCAUAGAGAAGAAGGAAAAAGGAGCCCAGUUAUCAGCCGCAGCCAAUCAGUCUAUUCCCCCUGCAAUCACAUGAUCUCAGGCACGAGGAGGAGCUCGCUUGGAAUGAAGGACCACUUGCCUGUAGACUACACCGCUGGAUUGGCAGCAGUUUUGCUUUGUCACUUUCACGUCAUCAGCCUGUGAUCUUGGAGAUCUCUUACAGGUGUGAAUGACAGUCUGCCUGUUUCUGUUGUGUACCGUAUUUUCCGGGCUAUAUUGAACCCAAGCCCACCAAAUUUUAGAAGAAAUAAAUAUUUUCACAUAUAUCAACCGCAGCGGACCAUAAGCCGCACUUAUAUGCCGGUAAGAAAGAGUUUGUAAGUAUUUAUAUGCCGGUAAGAAAGAGUUUUUAAGUAUUUAUUUACAUACCUUAAGUGUUUCCAAACAAUGUCUGUAAAAUAUUUGAUCAAACAAAACAGAAGUCUUGUAAGUAUUUAUUUACAUACCUUAAGUGUUUCCAAACAAUGUCUGUAAAUUAUUUGAUCAAGCAAAACAGAAGUCUCGUCAUGGAUUUACUAGCUGCGGAGGCUAGCUCUCCAAACAGCUAAGUAGACUCUAACUCCACUGUGAUGUUUUGGUGAAUUUAGGGAAAAAAAACAUUAAAAAAGAUUGCCAUUGUAAGUUAACAAUACUAACACAGACGCUCAUAUAACAUGUUAGCAUAUUAGCUAAUGCUAACCACGAUAGCUGGAUUACGAUGGCCUGUACAAAUAUGCAUAAAAACACUACUACAGACAUCACACAUUGGACGGUUGAGUAAGUAUGAAUAGUUUUAGUUAUAUUGUAAAACUUACACAUGUUGCUUGGAGUGAUGAAUGAAGAAUCCCUAUGAGCAAAAAUGCUAUAUGGACGAAUACUUCUGGUUCAAGGAACGAAACAGGAAGUACAUUUUCAAACCGCAGCACCUGCAGUGAGCAAACUCGUCCAAAAGACGGCGCCAUAGCACAAACAAUAACACACCUUUUCAGUGUCUCUGUCGGUGUAUUAUGAAAAAGUAGUGGCUUAUAGUACGGGAAAUACGGUAUUUUAUUGUAAACUAUCUGCUAAAUGAAUUUUAAUUCUACUUGAAUCUGAAUGCAGCUAUACAGGAAUCAUAUAUAUAUAUAUAUAUAUAUAUAUAAUAUAUCUUUUUUUUUUCAUUUACUUUUAAUUGUGUGUGGGAAUUGCUAAAUAUACAUAUGGUACUGUGGACUUGUCACAUUCCUUGCUGCACGUGACUUGUUUUUUUUUCUGGAGUUGUGAAAUGCUGAUUUGACGUUUGUUAAAAGCGACUGAUGAAAUGUAAUAAUGUACAUCACCACCAGCACAAAUGAAAACCCAACACAAAGGACGUAUUUACCCAUGCAAUGCCUCUUUUACAUUACUUUAUCGCAUUGGUCCCCAACCUUUUUGUAGCUGCGGACCGGUCAACGCUUGAAAAUUUUUCCAGCGGACCGGGGUUUAUUUUUGUUUUUUCCUCGUAAAGAAAUACAAUCAUGUGUGCUUACGGACUGUAUCCCUGCAGACUAUAUUGAUUGAUCUAUAUUGAUAUAUAAUGUAUGUAUUGUGUUUUUUAUGUUGAUUUAAUCAUUUAAAAAAUAUAUUUUUUUUAUUUCUUGUGCGGCUUGGUACCAAUUGGCGGCCCGGUGGUUGGGGACCACUGCAAUAUCAUACACACAAUACCUUCUGAGAACAUUUGAACUGACCAUAAGAGUAAACAUGUUCCUCUGGUGGUGAUGGGUAACAUUACAUUGUAAGUUUGCAACUGGAUGUCAAACAGGCACAUUGUAACCUACAUGAUUGCACUGAUUACCUUAAAUGUAUCCAACUUUUUAAUUUGAUGCCCUUAGAGUGAAUUAACUCUAGCUGUAAAUAUGGAAUGAUACAGGCCAUUAGAAUGCAUUUAUGCCUUUUGGGGGUUGGCAUUAUGUCUCAUAUGUUAAUAUUAUGACAAUGUACAUAAGAGAUUAUCUUUCCCACAAAAUUAUAUGAAAAAACGUUCCA